GACGCAUAACUCAGUAGACCCCUCUACUCUGAAAGAGCAAAGGAUCCCGGUUAUCGUCGUUUAAUGCUGAAUUGCCACGAACGCCGUCAGGAUGAGUGCUAGUGGUAGGAAAACCAGAAGCACUGGUAUAGCAGAGCUGUACCGGGUUGCUCUGGAACGCCGUAUUGAGCAAAGGGACGGGAACUUGGUAUGCGGUGAUAAGGAGCUGUGCAUUGAGGUGGAGGAAAUCCUCACAAGGGGCAGUGCUUCCGACAUUCUUUCUGUGCCGGGUUUAGAUCUACUCUCUGUAAUGGAGGUCUCUCUCCAGUCCUUGCUACCUGCUUCAGGAGGGUCCGGCCUCCUGAAACUUGCGAAGGCAUUUGAAGUGCUUGAACUGGCCACACUUAACCUCUAUCUGUGUCCCUGGAGGAAGGAGUACAGAGUUGUGAAGAUGUAUUCCGGAAUGUUCACCCACUGCAUCAAAGCAGCCUUUAGUGUAGAGCAAGCAAUCAAUCUCUUUGCAUUGCUUGGAUACCAGACCUUGGGGUCUGGAGCAGAUGAUGAGCUGAAACUGAGCUCUACACCGAUUCCAGACAGUCUUCUCCACCUGGCCUGUGCCUUCUUUACGGCCCGUAUCGAGUGUCAGCUUCUCCAUUCUGCUUUGGGCUCUGUGGGCAGAGGCGUGAAGUGGGAACUGAAGCUGGUCCAGGAGAGACAGAGGGGUCACAGCCUCUUAGUAGCACUAGAGAAUGUUGCAGAGUCUCAGAAUGCAUCAUCUAACAUCUCAACCAACAUCUCACCUAACACUGGGCCCGAUCCAACAACCAGUUCAGAUCCUGACUAUGAGGAUCUCUACACAGAAGGCCCAGAACAUGAAGAAGAGACAAAUUACAGGGUUGAUGACUCUUCUGCACCAUCUAGUCCCCUUUAUGCAUCACCUAGUGGUGCCAAGACUUCUUAUAGUGACUUUUCACCAUCUGACCAGGGGAGUAGUGGGCUCUCCAGACAGGGGUCAACUCGGUAUGUCUCAUCAGUGAGCUACCAGGUGACUAAUCACCCCGUCCCUCCCUCGGAGAAGGCGGAGCCAAGCCGCGAGACAGGGACAUCACUUUUAAAAGAAGGGGGCGAUCAAAGCUUGCUAGCAUCUGGUAAUGGACAGAAGGAUAUCAGUCAUACUGGGAAACAGUUGUGCAACUGCUCUGAGUCCAGUACAAUGUACCUCCACAAGUGCUUUGAAUGCAGGGAACACCACAAUGCCAGCUGUCCCGUUUUUACUACUUGCAUUAUAAAAGGUCAUAAAUUCAAACCAAGAGGAGAACAAGUUGGGCAGCAGGGCACAGGCAGUGAAUCCCUGCAGGUCGAACAAAACCAAACUGAAGUAGAGAAACAGACACCAAAGAAACAUGUGUGUGUGGAGUCAGGAGAUCUGGGUUUCACCAUUUGCUACACCUGUAACUAUACUCAUAAUUACAGUUGUGAUGAAGGACGUCUUUGUAGAAAGAAAUCGCACAACGUGGAGCACAUACUUAGGAAAGCUGAAAAAAUGAGUCCAUCUACUGAGGCCAACUUCAUGUUAGGGUCACCAAAAAGUGAUUUAUCGCAGCUUGCACAAAGUCAAACAAGAGAAGAGGAGAAGAUACCAGUAGAAAAUCCACCAGAAAAACACUGCUGCGUGAAACCUGAAACUGUGGACUUUGCUGUCUGCUGCGCCUGUAACAAAAGUCAUACAAUCACUUGUGAAAUUUUAAAUCUUUGUGAUAAGAGAAAACAUGAGGUGAAGUAUGAACUGGGGGUGGAUAAUCACAUAAAACCUUCUGCUAAGGUCAAUGCUAUGCAAGGGCCACAAAAACCAGAAACACUGCAGGUGGAACAAGGCCAAACGAGACAUGAGGAACAGACACCACGUAAACAGAUACCAAAAAGACACGACUGCUUAAAAGCUGGAGAGCCAUCCUACUUCAUCUGCUACACCUGCAACUAUACUCAUUCUUGCUCGUGCCCUGAGCAACGUCGAUGUGAGAAGACUGGACAUAAAACUCAUUUCCAGGAAAUGCCCCCUGAACCCAUGUCUUUUCACUCAUGCUUUGAUCCCAAAAAGUCUCACCUCUCCCUGGCAUGUCUGACCUGUCAAGUCCUCCACACCUCACCCUGCAAAGAUGGAGAUGUGUGCAGGAUGAAACACAAGGUUAAGAACCUCAAAAUGCUUUGCUCAAACAAAAACAAACAUUGCCUUAACACAGCUGAAAUCUUGUGUAGGUAUUGCUGUGCUCAGUACUGCAGUCAGUGUUCAUACUCUAAAGUACUUGAGUGUGAUUGUGGUAAUACUUUACGCUCAUCUACUGAGGUAUAGCAGUAUAUUUUCUGUUGUAGUCACUCAUUCUGUAUUAUAUAUAAAAAAAACUGUUGGCCACAGAAAUGGAUUUUAAAUUGAACUUGUGAGGGUUAAAUCUAAUCUUCCUGGUUCCACUACAAACUCGAUUUAAGAAACUGCUUGUCUGUAUAGUUACCUGUUUAUAUAUAAUUGCACCUGAAACGGGUUGAUCCGGAUCUGGAUGGGGACUGCUUACCUUGUCUGAAUGUGAGAGGCACACAGAGCUACCCUGUAAGAGUUCCUCUUUAGGGAAGAAAUUGCUGAGAAAUAUCUCAACAAUAAUUUUGCGGUUGUUUUGCCUUGAAUAGACACUUUUUUAUACCUGAAAAGAAUUUUUUGAGCAUUGUAAAAUGAGAAUGAAGAUCUUUACAUUUUGUUUAUUUCAACAUUAAUCUGCUUAUAGACAUACUUUCACUUUCAUCUGCUAAAGUGUAACCUUGGUGUUAAGGUCAAAUUCUAGCCUGUCUGCCAU